AAUUCCCAGCUGGCUCCCCGUACACUGCAGAUACCUGAAGUGGUUUUGAAGACUGGGCAGCUAAGACUUAAGUGAAGAAGAAUUCCUCCCCUGCAAGGAUGACCAAGAACCCAGCUGCUCUGUUUCCUUCCCGACUGGAGUCCUCUUCUGCACUGACAAGGAAGCUGAAGCACAGGAAGCGAUUAAAUAACUUGACCAGAGUAAGCCAUUUGUAAAUGUCAGAAGCAGACCACGGUGCUUCUGUAGGCUCUUGGAAUACACAGUGAAUAAAACAAAGAUCUUUGCCCUCACUGAGCUAACAUUAGAGCCAGAGACGGAGUCUCGCUCUGUCGCCCAGGCUGGAGUGCAGUGGCGCAAUCUUGGCUCACGGCAACCUCUGACUCCUUGGUUCAAGCGAUUCUCCUGCCUCAGCCUCCCGAGUAGCUGGGAUUACAGGCAUGUGCCACCAAGCCCAGCUGAAACACCCUGGUUUCUACCCUGAGUAGAAUGUGAAGUUAUUGGAAGGCUUCGAGCAGGGGAGUGACAUGCAUUGAGUUGAAUGGUGUUUGCUGCCCCCACCUCCAAAAAGAUAUAUCCACACCCUAAUUCCUGGAACCUGUAAAUGUUACCUUCGUUGAGAAAAGGGUCUUUGCAGAUGGAAUGAACUUAAAGAUCUUGAGAUAAAGACAUCAUCUUAGAUCAUCUGGCAGGCAAAGUCCAGUGACAAGUGUCCUUAUAAGAAGAGAAGGGCAGAGGGAGAUUUGAGACAGACAGAGAGGAAACACGACACACAGAGGAGAAGGCACGGUAAAGAUGGAGGCAGAGACUGGAGCAAUGGGGCCACGAGCCAAGGAGUGCCAAGGAUUGCUGGAAGUCACCACGAGGCAGGAGAGAGGCGUGGAAGGGAUUCACCUUUAGAGCCUCCAGAAGUAAUCAACCCUGCCAGCACUUUGAUUUUGGACUUCUAGCCUCCAGAACUCUGAGAGAAUAACUUUCUAUUGUUUUAAGACACUCUAUUUGUGGUAAUUUGUUAAGGAAACCACAGGAAACAAAUCUAGGAAGCCAGAUAGCAAGGGGCCCAAUACACCAAACUGAGGAGACUUAAGGGUUCCACUCUGAGGGGAACUGGGAGCUACUGGAAGGUUUUGAUCAGAGUAGCGACAUGAACCUGAUUCUUGUUUUAAAUAGUCAGUUAACUUAUCCAGCAUAUAACUCUCCUCCCUCACACAUUUUUCUGCCGGGUGAUUAGAUACAUAAUUGGCUAGACAUGGCCAGAGGCCGUCUCAACUUUCAGUUCAAUUUCAUUCCUUCAAGGAAGCACUCCUUUGGAUAUUAAGCCUCUAAACUGGCUGUGUCCAUUAGAACUGGAUUUGGAUGCAUUUAAGAGAAAACCUGGCCAGGACCCGUGGCUCCCACCUGUAAUCCAAGCACUGUGGGAGGCCAAGGAGGGCGGGUCAUCUGAGGUCAGGAGUUCAAGAUCAGCCUGGCCAACAUGGUAAAAUUAUGUCUCUACUAAAACUACAAAAAAUUAGCCGGGCAUGGUGGCGGGCGCCUGUAGUCCCAGUUACUCAGGAGGCUGAUGCAAGAGAAUUGCUUGAACCCAGGAGGUGGAGGUUGCAGUGAGCCGAGAUUGUGCCUCUGCACUGCAGCCUGGGCGACAGAGCAAGACUGUCUCAAGAAGGAAAAAAAAAGAGAAAACCUAAUAGUAGUUUAAGUAGGAGAGAAGUUUAUGUCUCUCUCAAGCAAUAGAAACUCUGAGCUGGGCAGUCCAGGGUUAGAGUGUGGCUCCAUAGGCAUCAUGGAAUUAGAGUUCUUCUGGUUUUUCAUCCUAUUGUCUUUAGCAUGCAGUUUUUAGCUUCAAGGUUGCCUUAUGGUCCAAGAAGACAGCUGUAGUUCCAGCCAUUAUUUGAAAAUUGCACAGUCAAGGAGAAUAGAGGAGCAGAGCAUACUGGUUACACCUCCAAGAAGAAUAAAACCUUUCAAAACAGAUUUCCUGGAAACCACAGUCAGUUACUUCUGCUCACAUCUUAUUGGCCACCCUGUUUUAAAGGAAGAAGGGAUAUCACAUGCCAUCAAGAAAAAGUCAUGGGAACCACCACUCAAGUUAACAGAUAGAAAGAACAUUUCCAGCAUUCCAGAGGCCGCUUCCUUCCCUUCCCAAGUCACCACCUCUCUCCGCACCUCCACCAAGGUUAGACGGUUCAAGACCUGGAGACUGGCUUUGAGCAACCCUAGAAUUACCUUGGCUUGAAUUCCAUCCAAUACAUCUCUUUCUUCGUAUGUUGCAUAAUUUAAAAAGUGACAUCGUGAUCCUGUGUUUGGGCUUGACUCAAAUACAACAGAAAAAGAGAAGGAGAAAAGACACAAGCAGAGGGCAGAGGUGGAAGAGGGAUUUUGGGGUUGACUGAGAGUGGCUGUGUGGCUGGUGUCUAUCUUCCUUCCCUGGAAAGUUUGCCCAGAGCCUGCAAGUUUCCUCAGGAGACAAGCAAUGUUAUAAUGCGAAUAACAUCUAACAUUUGUUCAACACUUGCUAUGGACCAUGCAUGUUUUAUGUCUUUUUUUUUUUUGAGGCAGGGCCUCACUCUGUUGCCCAGCCUGGAGUGCAGUGAUACAAUCACAGCUUACUGCAGAUAUGACCACCUGUGCUCACACAAUCCUCCCACCUCAGCCUCCUGUGUAGCUGGGACCAGGCACGUGCCACCAGGCCCAGCUAAUUUUUUAAUUUUUUAUAGAGACGGGGUCUUGCUGUGUUGCCCAGGCUGGUCUCAAACUCCUGGCCUCAAGCAAUCCUUCCACCUUGGCCUCCCAAAGUGGGCCACUGCACUCAGCCAUGUUUUAUAAGCCUUCACAUGAAUUGUGUUGUUUAAUUUUAUGUAGCAUGACGGAGCCACUCUAGGGAACCCCUGGACUCUGGGUACUUUGUGCUAACUCUGUCUGCUCCCCAGCUCACAUCUGCCUCCCUGUCACUAACCUCCUCCUAUUUUCCACUCCGCCUAGUCUUCUCGGUCCCAAAGCCUGCAUGGUAAUUUCUAGCUCUGCUUUUCCAUCUCAAGCUCUCAAUCUCCAGCUCUCUAUUUCAUUUCCAUCCUCUUGGGGCAAUGCUGCUUCAGACCAUUCUGCCAGUAAUGAUUUCCCAUUGUCCAACUCUGGAAGCUUCUCAUUGGCUCUAGGGCUCUUCUACGAACCACCUCCUCCUAUGGGCACCAGCAGCUAAAUCACAUUUGAAAAAUAAAAUAAUAACAAAUAAUAACACUGCAUAUAAAAACAUAAGUGGCCAAGACAUAGACAAAUAACUUUUUUAAGUGCUGUGUCUACAGAGACACAGCUGGGAAGUUUACAAAUGGGCCCACCGAAACGUAUUGUUUCCUGUUUAUGCACUGAGUCCAGAGGUUUGCGUUACUAAAUUCUAAGUGAAAAAGAGUUUAAAUGAGGCCAUGAUGUGGGAUAACAGCAAAUUAAAAUCUUGCCCUUUUCCUUGGUUCCUCCCUUUGGUUAGCUCAACUGCAAAGUUAGUGUUGACUUUGUCAUCUUCUAAAAUUCCACCUCUGUGGGUGCUUGUAUUUCUGGAACGUUCACCAAAAAUAAUAAGUUUGAACUCUCUCCCCUGGUGUUAAUUCUGGGUUGUUUGGAACCCAGUUUAUCUGAAGGAGUCGGUCUCUGGACUUUCUAGUAAAGGGUGAGCGUAGAUGUGUGGAAAAGGGGGGUGCUGUUCCUUUAAAUUCUGAAAGUGAACUUGGCUCAGGAAGGCCAGCGGCUCAAGGUCCAGCCCCUGGAAGAGAGAAUAGCUACAGAUUCUCCAUCCUCAGUCUUUGCAAGGCGACAGCUGUGCCAGCCGGGCUCUGGCAGGCUCCUGGCAGCAUGGCAGUGAAGCUUGGGACCCUCCUGCUGGCCCUUGCACUGGGCCUGGCCCAGCCAGCCUCUGCCCGCCGGAAGCUGCUGGUGUUUCUGCUGGAUGGUUUUCGCUCAGACUACAUCAGUGAUGAGGCGCUGGAGUCAUUGCCUGGUUUCAAAGAGAUUGUGAGCAGGGGAGUAAAAGUGGAUUACUUGACUCCAGACUUCCCUAGUCUCUCGUAUCCCAAUUAUUAUACCCUAAUGACUGGCCGCCAUUGUGAAGUCCAUCAGAUGAUCGGGAACUACAUGUGGGACCCCACCACCAACAAGUCCUUUGACAUUGGCGUCAACAAAGACAGCCUAAUGCCUCUCUGGUGGAAUGGAUCAGAACCUCUGUGGGUCACUCUGACCAAGGCCAAAAGGAAGGUCUACAUGUACUACUGGCCAGGCUGUGAGGUUGAGAUUCUGGGUGUCAGACCCACCUACUGCCUAGAAUAUAAAAAUGUCCCAACGGAUAUCAAUUUUGCCAAUGCAGUCAGCGAUGCUCUUGACUCCUUCAAGAGUGGCCGGGCCGACCUGGCAGCCAUAUACCAUGAGCGCAUUGACGUGGAAGGCCACCACUACGGGCCUGCAUCCCCGCAGAGGAAAGAUGCCCUUAAGGCUGUAGACACUGUCCUGAAGUACAUGACCAAGUGGAUCCAGGAGCGGGGCCUGCAGGACCGCCUGAACGUCAUUAUUUUCUCGGAUCACGGAAUGACCGACAUUUUCUGGAUGGACAAAGUGAUUGAGCUGAAUAAGUACAUCAGCCUGAAUGACCUGCAGCAAGUGAAGGACCGCGGGCCUGUUGUGAGCCUUUGGCCAGCCCCUGGGAAACACUCUGAGAUAUAUAACAAACUGAGCACAGUGGAACAUAUGACUGUCUACGAGAAAGAAGCCAUCCCAAGCAGGUUCUAUUAUAAGAAAGGGAAGUUUGUCUCUCCUUUGACUUUAGUGGCUGAUGAAGGCUGGUUCAUAACUGAGAAUCGAGAGAUGCUUCCGUUUUGGAUGAACAGCACCGGCAGGCGGGAAGGUUGGCAGCGUGGAUGGCACGGCUACGACAACGAGCUCAUGGACAUGCGGGGCAUCUUCCUGGCCUUCGGACCUGAUUUCAAAUCCAACUUCAGAGCUGCUCCUAUCAGGUCGGUGGACGUCUACAAUGUCAUGUGCAACGUGGUGGGCAUCACCCCGCUGCCCAACAACGGAUCCUGGUCCAGGGUGAUGUGCAUGCUGAAGGGCCGCGCCGGCACUGCCCCGCCUUUCUGGCCCAGCCACUGUGCCCUGGCCCUGAUUCUUCUCUUCCUGCUUGCAUAACUGAUCGUAUUGCUUGUCUCAAAAGAAACACCAUCAGCAAAGUGGGCCUCCAAAGCCAGAUGAUUUUCAUUUUAUGUGUGAAUAAUAGCUUCAUUAACACAAUCAAGGCCACGCACAUUGUAAAUACAUUAUUCUUGGAUAAUUCUAUACAUAAAAGUUCCUACUUGUUAAAAAAGAUACAAACCUCGUUUUUCCAGAAGGUAGGAAAAUCCUAGCUUUCCAUUUGCUCAGUUAUAUGUCAUUUCCUCCUUUCUUUUCACGUUACUCAGGAUGAACUCUCUGAGCAGGGACCUGCUCCUGCAGCAACCAAACUUGGAGUGGUUAUUGCAGACAGACGUGGCUCUGGGUCCCUCUCUGUCCCACCUGGCACAAAGGACCCCCUCAGACCAGGCCCUUGUCUGUGCCCUGUCCACACCCAGGAGCCAGCCUCAGUGUCUGUGGCCACAGUCCUGUACUGUUCCUUCCAUCCCUGAUGAAAGGAGGUCUACGUGAAAGCAAAAGCUACUGUCUAUUUCUGACCCAGCUCAUGGAAUUUUUUCAUCUUAUACUGAGCUCCAGAAAGGACGUAACUUAGCAUGGAUCACCAAUCAAUCAAAAAAUAAAUAAAUCACGAAGGAUUGGAGAACUCACAGAACAAGGUGAAAGACAUGAGUGCCCUCCCAAAGUCUGAGUGCACGAAAAUUUCUCUCUUGCUUUGAGGAGCAGAAAAGCUUCUGAUGGACAUGGGCUUCUGUGAGACUUAUCGCACAUAGUACAUCAUGGCAUGAAGCCCGGCACAUAGCAGGCCCUACAUGUUGAUAGACAGAUGGAUGGCCUGCCUGCCUUCCCUGUCCGUUCACCUGUGCAAAGGCUUCCUCAGACAUGCCACUCUGUGGCUCCCAAUAUAGGGUGCAGACAAGAGCAAUCCCUGACAUGACAUUAUAGCCUGGGAAAGGGCUGGCUCACUGAUGAGAAUGUGGAGGCAUCAGCAAGGAUCUCGGUGGGUUGCUCAGAGAGGUGAUGCACUAAGCCUUAAUCCUGGACACCAGUACCCCUGCAGCAUGGCUUGUGCAACAACAGUCUUUGAGUGGCAUAGAAUUCCAAAGAAAAUGGUGCUGGGUGGAGAAUGGAGAGAGCAUGAUGGAGCAGAGUCCCAGUCACUGACCAACUAACUGGUCGUUUGAUUAGGAAACAGUUUGGCCAAAGUACCACCUUUGAGACCUAAGUUCUUUUGAUACCUUUGAGAAGAGCCACUGAGCCUGAGUUGAAAUAUUUUUAGCUUAGUCAUCUGUGUUUGCUAUAGGAGAAAUUGUAACACAAGAAAUAACUCCUUUUUACAUGAUCAUUUAUAUCUAUAUACAUAUAUAUACUUGCAUACACUAUUACUGCAUUAAAAAAUGAGUUUCGGCUGGGCAUGGUGGCUCACACCUGUAAUCCCAACACUUUCGGAGGCCAAGGAGGGACAAACGAACCCUUAAGGCCAGGAGUUCCAGACUAGCUUGGGCAACACAGGGCGACCCCCAUCUCUACAAAACAUAAAAGAUUUUUAAAAAAUUAGCCAGGCAUGGUGGCACAUGCCUGUGGUCUCAGCUACUUGGGAGGCUGAGGCAGGAGAAUCAUUUGAGCCCAGGAGGUCAAGGCUGCAGUGAGCUUUGAUCACACCACUGCACUCCAGCCUGGGCAACAGAGCAAGACCCCAUCCUCCACCCCCCCAAAAAAAAAGAAAGAAAAAAAAAGUUUGCACUAAUUGAGGUACAUCUGCAAGUGAGACUUUUUGUCAGGAAAAGGCAAUAUAUCAGGUCUCCUCAGGACGAUGGAGGCCUUAUAUGGUGUGUUACCUUGAAAACUGAAUAUCAACGUUCACCUUGAUUCGGGAAAGCUGGGUGCUGUCUCCAUGCCAUGAAUCAUGAGAGCAAAGGAUCACUGCUUAAAAUACUGAAUUUACCUUCACAAAAGAUUUCUAAAGAUUUACGUAAUGUGUUUUAAAAGUGCCAGUAAACCAUCGGAUCAAUUGGAAAGAAGGCAACUCUUCAGCCUUUGUUAUCUAGCUGAAAACAAAUGACAACUUUCAAAACAUUGGCAGUAGUUGUUGAAAAAGAUGUCUAUUGUUCAAAGUUUCUUUCUCCUUAAAGGACGGUGUUCCAAUGAAUUCAGUAGAGCCCACUUUCCUCCACUGUGGAGGAAGAAUCCCUAAGAGACACUCAAAUGAUUAAAUUAAAAGUGGAUCACCAAACUCAAGAGAGGCACAAACUUAGACACAGUCUUGCAUUUUUGUCUUUCCUGAACUCUUCUGCCAUUUUCCUCCUUCACUCAUCCUGAAAAUCUGCAAGUUACAUAAUAAAACUUUAGAUAUUUGUCUGACAAAGUGUAAUUACUCAACUGAAUACAUGACUGAGAACAAGUUACAAAAGGAAUCAUGAAUCCUGGUAAACAAUAAAGAAGAUUCAGACACUGAGGGAAAAAAAUAAAGCUUUUUACUUAAAUGAUG